UUGACCAGAUCUUACGCCGUUUUGCCUUAUUGCCAUAUACGCUCGCAAGAACCUAAUUGCACGCCUGAAUUAUACUAGGGUCUGUUUCUUGCAAUGGCCUCAUACUACUUCACUAUUAUCGGAACACGUGAUAAUCCUUUAUACGAGCUUGAAUUCUCCUCGUUCAAAAGUGGGCAUUCCUCGAUUCCUGGAGAAGCUCGCUUCUCCCCAAAAGUAAAGGAGCUUCUACCAUUUAUUAGCAAUGCAUCUCUAGAUAUUGUUGAAGACGCGCAGUGGCAGACCAGCGGCUUUAAUUUGGGAAAAGUCGACUCAUUCUACGGCGUCCUGGUAAACGCAUUCAUAACACAGGGAAACAUCAAGUUGGUACUUUGUUCAGACGCAUCAACAAGCUCCGAAAGCACGAUAUCGAUGACCAGCACUAAACAGGAUGAGACAGCAAUCCGGCAUUUUUUUACUGAGGCCUACGAGUUGUACGUCAAAGCACAGCUUAAUCCAUUCUAUGCGGUAAACGAUCCCCUCGUGUCGCCAGAUUUCGACCACAGAGUCAAGUCUUUGGCACGCAAAUAUCUCUAGUGUCAUGCGCUGAAACCUGAGCAGACAAUCAGCUUGUUGUGUAACACUGUACACAUGCUUAUACUGGAAGAGCAUCAUUAAGGUGUGUUUGGCUCAUACCAUUUCUCAGAAAGGCCAGGUGUUAGAGAAGACGACUAUACUCUCAAAAUUCAAUAUAAUUUCGGCAGCUCAAUCAUUCAUACAUUGGCUGCUGGAAUUUUGAGCUAGGAUGAGAGAAAAAAUCACCAAGUGAUUUCUCCUUCGCUCUUUAUAGCGUGCAGUUUCUAAAGAUCUUCCUCAUCUCUCGGUCCAACAAACGCGAUCAAUACAGUGAUUAACUUCAUCGAACCUCAAGCAAAGUGACGCUCACGCUAUACC